GAAAUGCCCUCACUCAGCCACAAGUGCCUCCUGCUCUUCAUGGGGCCCAUGGGCCCCAGGGCCCUGCACCCCCUCUGAAUUCUCACUCUUCCCAUCGAUCUUGACAUCGUCUUUACCAAUGGCUUUUGUUUGGGAUCCUCUGGGAGCCACAGUGCCAGGACCACCUCCAAGAACCAAAUCAAGAUUGCGUUUCUCGAAGUCCUACAGUUUUGAUGUGGACAAUGGCACAUCUGCGGGACGGAGUCCCCUGGAUCCCAUGACCAGCCCAGGGUCUGGGCUAAUUCUCCAAGCAAAUUUCGUCCACAGUCAACGCCGGGAGUCCUUCUUAUAUAGAUCCGACAGCGAUUAUGACCUCUCUCCAAAGUCUAUGUCCCGGAACUCUUCCAUUGCCAGUGAUAUACACGGAGAUGACUUGAUUGUGACCCCAUUUGCUCAGGUCUUGGCCAGCCUGCGAACUGUACGAAACAACUUUGCUGCAUUAACUAAUUUGCAAGAUCGAGCACCUAGCAAAAGAUCACCCAUGUGCAACCAACCAUCCAUCAACAAAGCCACCAUAACAGUGGGUAGAAACAUCCUUCCAGACUGUCUUCCUCGGCCUCACGAGACCAGCCUGAUCUUGUGCAGUGGCACACAGGAAAGGAGCACGUCUGCAGGAGAGGAGGCCUACCAGAAACUGGCCAGCGAGACCCUGGAGGAGUUGGACUGGUGUCUGGACCAGCUAGAGACCCUGCAGACCAGGCACUCCGUCAGUGAGAUGGCCUCCAACAAGUUUAAAAGGAUGCUUAAUCGGGAGCUCACCCAUCUCUCUGAAAUGAGUCGGUCUGGAAAUCAAGUGUCAGAGUAUAUAUCAAACACAUUCUUAGAUAAGCAACAUGAAGUGGAAAUUCCUUCUCCAACUCAGAAGGAAAAGGAGAAAAAGAAAAGACCAAUGUCACAGAUCAGUGGAGUCAAGAAAUUGAUGCACAGCUCUAGUCUGACUAAUUCAAGUAUCCCAAGGUUUGGAGUUAAGACUGAACAAGAAGAUGUCCUUGCCAAGGAACUAGAAGAUGUGAACAAAUGGGGUCUUCAUGUUUUCAGAAUAGCAGAGUUGUCUGGGAACCGGCCUCUGACUGUUAUCAUGCACACCAUUUUCCAGGAACGGGAUUUAUUAAAAACAUUUAAAAUUCCAGUAGACACUUUAAUUACGUAUCUUAUGACUCUCGAAGACCAUUACCAUGCUGAUGUGGCCUAUCACAACAAUAUCCAUGCUGCAGAUGUCGUCCAGUCAACCCAUGUGCUAUUAUCUACACCUGCUUUAGAGGCUGUGUUUACAGAUUUGGAGAUUCUUGCAGCAAUUUUUGCAAGUGCAAUACAUGAUGUAGAUCACCCUGGUGUGUCAAAUCAAUUUCUGAUCAAUACAAAUUCUGAACUUGCCUUGAUGUACAAUGAUUCCUCUGUCUUAGAGAACCAUCAUUUGGCUGUGGGCUUUAAGUUGCUUCAGGAGGAAAACUGUGACAUUUUCCAGAAUUUGACCAAAAAGCAAAGGCAAUCAUUGAGGAAAAUGGUCAUUGACAUUGUACUUGCAACAGACAUGUCGAAACACAUGAAUCUGCUGGCUGAUUUGAAAACUAUGGUUGAAACUAAGAAAGUGACAAGUUCUGGAGUUCUCCUUCUUGAUAAUUAUUCCGAUAGGAUUCAGGUACUUCAGAAUAUGGUGCAUUGUGCAGAUCUCAGCAACCCAACAAAGCCUCUUCAGCUGUAUCGCCAGUGGACGGACCGAAUAAUGGAAGAGUUCUUCCGCCAGGGAGACCGAGAGAGAGAGAGAGGCAUGGAGAUAAGUCCCAUGUGUGACAAGCACAAUGCAUCUGUGGAAAAAUCACAGGUGGGCUUCAUAGACUAUAUCGUUCAUCCUCUCUGGGAGACGUGGGCAGACCUUGUACAUCCUGAUGCCCAGGACAUUUUGGACACUUUGGAGGACAAUCGUGAGUGGUACCAGAGCACAAUCCCUCAGAGCCCCUCUCCUGCACCUGAUGACCAAGAAGAGGGCCGGCAGGGUCAAACCGAGAAAUUCCAGUUCGAACUAACUUUAGAGGAAGAUGGUGAGUCAGACACUGAAAAGGACAGUGGAAGUCAAGUGGAAGAAGACACUAGCUGCAGUGACUCCAAGACUCUUUGUACUCAAGACUCAGAGUCUACCGAAAUUCCCCUUGAUGAACAGGUUGAAGAGGAGGCAGUUGGGGAAGAGGAGGAAAGCCAGCCCGAAGCUUGUGCAGUAGAUGAUGAUUCUCCUGACACGUAACAGUGCAAAGACUUUCAUGCCUUUUUUUUUUUUUUUUUAAGUAGAAAAAUUGUUUCCAAAGUGCAUGUCACAUGCCACAACCAUGGUCACACCUCACUGUCAUCUGCCAGGACGUUUGUUGAACAAAACUGUCCUUGACUACUCAGUCUGGCGCUCAGGAAUAUCGUAACCAGUUUUUUCACCUCCAUGUCAUCAGAGCAAGGUGGACAUCUUCAUGCACAGCAUUUUAACAAGAUUUCAUCUUGUAGAGCUGACAAAGCAGAUAAAAUCAACUCCAAAAUGUUUUCAAGAGACAGUGGCUCAUCUGGCAGCCCAAAAGUUGAUUGGGGGUUACUUUUUUUCUUAUUUGUUUGCAAUAUUUUCAGAAGAAAGAAGGCACUACAACAGAGUGAACUUAAUGGAUGAAAUAACAAAUAUGUCAAGAACAGGACACAGCAUGAAUCUGUUACCAGGAGGAGGAUGAGCCACAGAAGUUGCAUAAUUUUCUAAUUUCAAGUCUUCCUGAUUCAUGACUGAAUAGUGUGGUUCAGUGAGCUGCACUGAUCUCUACAUUUUGUAUGAUAUGUAACACAGACUUUUUGUAGAGCUUUACUUUUAUUAUUAAAUGUAUUGAGGUAUUAUAUUUAAAAAAAACUAUGUUCAGAACUUCAUCUGCCACUAGUUAUUUUUUUCUAAGAGUAACUUGCAAGUUUUCAGUACAGAUCUGUGCUACACUGGAUAAAUCUAACUUAUGAAUUUUACUUGCACCUUAUAGUUCAUAGCAAUUAACUGAUUUUAGUGAUUCGUUGUUUUAUAUACCAAUGACUUCCAUAUUUUAAAACAGAAAAACAACUUUAUGUUGCAAGAAACCCUUUUUGUAAGUCUUCGUUUACUUUGCUUUUUGUUUCAGUCUUACCAGAUAAGCGGCAUUGCUCUACACCGUUUUUCUUCAUAGCGUGCAAAGUGAGUGUUUGUUUUGUAAUACUUUGAUGUGUGUUAUGUCAAAAGUGUUUUAAGCCUCAUGGAAACUCAAUCAUCAGUUGGUGUUGUCUGAAGCAAGUGGGAGAUGUAUAAUUACCCAGUAGCUAAAAUGGUCAGUCUUUUUUAGGUAUUUUCCUACUUAAUGUCUUCUGAUAACUUUUUGCUGUGUCAGUAGAAGUGCAUUUCACAGAGCAUGUCUUUGUAAUAACCCACACAUAUUUCAUGCUCAUUUUUAUUGUUUUUACAGCCAGUUAUAGUAAGAAAAGUGUUUUUUCCCUUUGCUGCUUUAUGAUUUAAUGUGCGCUUCAACCUCUGUCCAUGUUGGCUAGAUAGGGUUUUAUCAAAUGUAUCACCACCAUUCUGAUUAAUGGAAAGAAACAGUCAAGUUAGAGUUAGUGUUCAUUUCUACCACAGGGUUGCAUAUCAUCACUAUCUUUUACUCUUGGUUUACAGAGAAAAGUUAACAGCUAGCUAGGCAAUUUUUAAGAAUAUUAAAAGAAUAUAUUAGCAAACACCAAUACAAUUAAUUCUCUUAUGUUUCUAUGAUUUCACCAUAGAACUAAGAACUGUAUGAGGAAUAACCCUUAGAAGUGGUUUUAAGUGUAGCAUCUACCCUUUCUUAAUGAACAGCCAUGUAACAUGUAGGAAUUGCUUUGUCACUUGUCAUCAGUCCAUGAGCCUGUCUUGUAGAGGGAACUGCUUCCUUAAACAUACUGAGGAGAGAAGUUGGUGAUUCACUGGCACCAGAGCGUUGGUAAUGUGAUGCAUCCUAAAAUAUUCUAGAAUAGUGGUUUGGUAAAACCAUUCUGCCUAAAUGAAAAAUUAGAGAACACUCUUGACUGAUUUCAGCACCAGCAACUGUAUUGCAGUUUUAAAGAUCAGUUCCCAGUGCUUAUUUGCUGAUAGCAAUUGGCUUUAUGGGGCAUUUAUUAGUUUGGAUUUUCUUCCCAUGUCAGUUCUUAAUAUAGCAUAUAUCUUCUCUGUGAAAAGUUUAGAGCCCAAAUAAUCAUUUUUUGCCUCAAUAUCCAAGAAUUGAGACAGACUAAAGCAGGUAGUCUAAAUGAAAAAUAAAACAGUUAAGAAAAAUUGCAAGCCCCCAAAACACUUACAUUUGGAACUUCUGAAGGAGCCUUUUGGGAACUAGUAAUUAAGUCAUCACCAGGGAAAAAUACCCAAGCUGAACGUAGUCCUCAUUUUAAUCCCCUGAGAUCCUACCAAUGCUCAGAACCUUCGAUAGAAAAAUUGUCUAUAGUUCUGAUCUUUCACAUAGGGCAGAAUAGGAAUCAGGUUUCCGCCUUCUUUCCCCUGUAAAGAUCAAAUAGACAGUAAUCUUUGAAAUGAAGACAUAUGUUUGACAAAGUGUUUUCACAAGAACAUUUGGUAACUUGUUUCUCUUUUGAUUUUAUUUGUCCCUGAGGGAGGUCUAAAAGGAAAGGCAAAGAGUCUAAGGUUUAUUUCCCUUUCCAAAACAUUCUCAUUCCCUCCCCUUCCUAUACUUGGUAUUUCCCCCGCAGGGUGCCUAGACUCUUAAUAAUGAAAAAAAUUAAAAAGCAGCAAUAUGAUGUCACUAACAAAUCCAGACCUAAAAGGGUUUAUAACUGCACUAAUAAAGACAGGCUUUUUUCCCCCCAAGUUUGUUGAUUUUUAAUGGUACCAUGUUGUAAAGAUACCCACCAAUGGACAAUCAAAUUGUAGAAAAGGCAUAGUAUCCAAGAGACAGGGACUAAUGCAGUGUACAAUCUGCUUACCCUUUCCCUUCUCUCUUUCUGUCCUCUUCUCCCUCCAAAGUGUGCUUCAGAAAUAUGCACUGCUUUAAAAAGAACAUCCUUUUACAAGUGGCUUUACAUUUCCUAAAAUGCCAUAAGAAAAUGCAAUAUCUGGGUACUGUAUGGGGAAAAAAUGUCCAAGUUUGCAUAAAACCAGUACAUUUCAGCUUGCAAGUUACUGAACACAUUAAUGCUGUUUUAAUUUUGGUUUCUUUUACUUCAGUUAAAAUUCACAAAAAGAUAAUGUAGAUAGAACAAAUUUCAGACAAGGAAAGGAAAAACUUGAAUGAAAUGGAAUUUACAGAAAGCUUUAUGAUAAUUUUUGAAUGCAUUAUUUAUUUUUUGUGCCAUGCAUUUUUUUCUCACCAAAUGACCUUACCUGUAAUACAGUCUUGUUUGUCUGUUUACAACCAUGUAUUUAUUGCAAUGUACAUACUGUAAUGUUAAUUGUAAAUUAUCAGUUCUUAUUAAAACAUCAUCCCAAGAUGGGAUGGUGUUGAUAUAUUUGGAAACUCUUGGUGAGAGAAUGAAUGGUGUGUAUACAUACUCCUUGUACAUUUUUAUUUUCUCCUGUAAUAUAGUCUUGUCACCUUAGAGCUUGUUAUGGAAGAUUCUAGAAGACUAUAAAAUACAUAAAGAUAUAUAAAUUUAAAAAACAUAGCUGCAGGUCUUUGGUCCCAGGGCUGUGCCUUAACUUUAACCAAUAUUUUCUUCUGUUUUGCUGCAUUUGAAAGUAUGGUGAUGGUGGAGCUAGGGCAGGGCAUUUCACAACCAGGCUUUUAAUUGAUUGGACUUCUGGCAAUAGCUGGAUUUUACAAAACUACAGACAACCUAUGGAUGAUUCUGAGAACCUUUUGAGGUACCAGCUCUUAAGUACUUGCCAUAGGGCAGCACCACAUGUAUAAUGAUUGUUUCCCAUCUGUUGAUCAGGAGCUAUUUCAGCUAAUUACAUUUGAUUGUUCUUACUUUCAGACAUUACUGGGGAAAUACAUUUUUGCCCAGGGAUUAUAAAAAGUCAUUUUAGCUUCUUGAGCUCUUAAGAAAAGAAACUUUAUUUGAAACUGGGGCCAUAGGUCACUCCCAUUGGUUAGUCUUCAGCUCAUCAGCUUCCUGUCAUCUUAAGAAAAUAUACAUAGAUCAUUUUUUUAACUAAAAAGUUUUCAACUAAGUUCAACCAAAUUUUCCUAUAUGUAGGUAAACCCAUCUAUUUAAACACAAAGUUGUGUAUAAUGCCAGUUUAUAUAGCAUAAAGGAUUCACCAGUCACUAGAGUUUGUUUUUGCAAAUCUUGCAUCACUUUAGAAUAUUUUAAUUUAACCUUGUACAAUGGCCAGCUCCUGAAAGCAAUGAAAAAUUCCUAGUGGAAAAUGUGGAAACCUUCUCCCACUUCAGCCCAGCCCCUGGAACAUGUGACUUAGUGAAAGGAGAGAUUCUUUUCUAGGAAAAAUGAGCCUCUUAUUAUUUUGUUUUAUUAUUAUUUUUGACACAAACUGUAGAUUUUAGCAGCCCUGGCCCAAAGGAAAUCGAUUACUUUUGUUUUAAACAGUAUAAAUGGGACACUAUAAUUACAAAAAAAUCCUUACUGAUUUUAGUUGUUUUUAUUUUUUGGAUAUGUUUUCAGAGUGGUAAAUUGUGUGUGAGCAUUACAAAUGAUGAUUGUUUUAGUGGUUUCUUAGCCUCUCCUACAGCCCAUGAGGAUAGUACUGUACAUCAAUACCUUCAUAUGAGAUUUUUAUAUGCAAUGAAAAUAAAAGCAUGGGUUGAUUCUGCCUA